ACCGAGAGGGGCCCAGCCGUCCGGCCCGCCCUGCCCUGCUCGCGUCGCCGGCGCUUUGGGGCGGGGUUUGGGCGGCGCCGGCGGGACGGUCCCGAGUACGAGUAGGAGGAAGCCGGAAGUCAGGCCUCGGGAGCCACCCUGUCACCUCGUCACGCCCGCCUGCUUCGCUCUGGCUCUGGCCGUGUGUUCCCGCCCGGGCUCCCGCCUGCAGCACUCGGGCGUUCGUUGGGCUCCUCGCUGGGGCUGCAGAGUGGGGACAGGCAGUGCGCUCGCCUGCGAGUGUGGGCGUUUGAAUCCCGCUCGCCCCGGGUGGCCGAGCCAUGGGGACCGCACUCGUGUACCACGAGGACAUGACGGCCGCCCGGCUGCUCUGGGACGACCCCGAGUGUGAGAUAGAAUGUCCUGAGCGCCUGACUAUAGCCCUGGAGCGCCUGCGGCAGCGCGGCCUGGAGCAGAGGUGUCUACGCUUGGCUGCCAGAGAGGCCUCGGAGGAGGAGCUGGGCCUGGUGCACAGCCCCGAGUAUGUGGCCCUCUUGCGCGGGACCCAGGCCUUGGGCACUGGGGAGCUCCAGGCACUGUCUGGACAGUAUGACGCCAUCUACUUCCAUCCGAGUACCUUCCACUGUGCCCGGCUGGCUGCAGGGGCUGCACUGCAGUUAGUGGAUGCUGUGCUGACUGGAGCUGUGCAAAAUGGGCUCGCUCUGGUGAGGCCUCCUGGGCACCACAGCCAGAGGGCUGCCGCCAAUGGGUUUUGCGUGUUCAACAAUGUGGCAAUAGCAGCCAAACAUGCCAAGCAGAAACACGGGCUGCACAGGAUCCUCAUCGUUGACUGGGAUAUCCACCACGGCCAGGGCAUCCAGUAUAUCUUCGAGGAUGACCCCAGCGUCCUUUAUUUCUCCUGGCACCGCUACGAGCAUGGGCGCUUCUGGCCCUAUCUUCAAGAGUCAGAUACAGAUGCUGUCGGGCAGGGGCAGGGCCGCGGCUUCACUGUCAACUUGCCCUGGAACCAGGUGCCUGCUCCUCACCUCAGACUCCCACCCAGAGCCCCUCACCCAGCCCGCCUCCCCUGCCCCACAGCUCCAGGCCUUCUGAGUGUAGCCCAGGACAUCCUGCCAGGGUUACCCCCAGAGGCCAAGCCCCGGGGUGAAGAUGCCACUGCCCCCCUGGCAGGGUCCAACACUGACACCCUGUGGCCGCAGGUCGGGAUGGGAAAUGCUGACUAUGUGGCUGCCUUUCUGCAUGUGCUGCUCCCCCUGGCCUUUGAGUUUGACCCUGAGCUAGUGCUAGUCGCGGCAGGAUUUGACUCAGCGGUUGGGGAUCCUGAGGGGCAGAUGCAGGCCACUCCAGAGUGCUUCGCCCACCUCACGCAGCUACUGCAAGUGCUGGCCUGUGGCCGGGUCUGCGCUGUGCUGGAGGGCGGCUACCACCUGGAGUCGCUCUCUCAGUCAGUGUGCAUGAUGGUGCAGGCACUGCUGGGCGACCCCCCUCUGCCCCUGUCAGGGCCCAUGGAGCCACAUCGCAGUGCCCUGGAGUCCAUUCAGAGUGUCCGGGCAGCCCAGGCCCCUCACUGGAUGAGCCUCCAGCAGCAAGACGCAGCCCCCGUAUUGAGUCCCAGCACCCGCUCCCCAGAGGGGAGCAUCUCGCCUCUGCUACCCGGGGGGCCCGAAUUCAAGGCACCUGUGGCUCAGACUGAGGCUCAGGCCAUGGCUGCCUUGAGCUCCCUACUGGACCAGUUGUGCCUCUACCCCACACCCCCUCUCCGCACGGCUGUUGCCCUGACUGAGCUGGAUGCAGCCCUUGUCCUGCCCCCUGAUGUCCUCCAUUGGGAGAGGUCAGCCCCGCAGAAGGAGAUGCAGGCAUGGGCCAGGCCACAUGAGGCCUUGGCCCAGGACAAGUCCUUCAACGCACUCGGGAAGGUCCUGUACCUCUUGGACAGCAUCCUGGAUGGGCAGGUGAGCAGCGGCAUCGCAGCCACCCCGGCCCCUGCUGCAGCUGCCACCCUGGACGUGGCCAUUCAGCGUGGCCUGUCCCACAGAGCCCAGAGGCUGCUCUGUGUGGCUGUGGGACAGCUGGAUCGGCCCCUGGACCUUGCCGAUGAUGGGAGGACGCUGUGGCUGAAUAUCAGGGGCAAGGAGGCAGCUGCCCUGUCCAUGUUCCAUGUUUCCACACCACUACCAGGGACAACUGGUGGUUUCCUGAGCUACAUCCUGGCCCUGGUGCUGCCCCUGGCCUAUGGCUUCCAGCCUAACCUGGUGCUGGUGGCACUGGGGCCAGCCCAUGGCCUGCAGGCCCCUCAAGCUGCACUCCUGGCUGCACUGCUGCGGGUGCCAGCAGGGGGCCAAGUCUUGGUACUGGUUGAGGAGGUGAGUUGGGCAGAGUGGAGGUGCUGUGGGGUGACAAGUGGGGAGAGGCCAGUGACUCUCUGCUUCCACCUCUGCCCCUGGCCCAGGAAUCCACACCCCAGCUUGCAGGGGUCCUGGUCCAGGCACUGCGUGGAGAGGGCCCCCCCAGCCUGGGCCCCUUCUCCAGGGCCUCCCCAGAGGAGAUGCAGGCCCUGGAGCAUCUGCGAGGGCAGCUGCGGACACAGUGGAAAAUGCUGCAGGUGGCCGCUCCUCAAGGGCUGUGACCCGGUCGCCUGGCGUCGGCUGGGGUGGACAUCCCAGGACGGACACCGCGAUCCCGACCCCAGAGCCGGCGUUAACCGUCCCCGCACAGGUCGCCCGCGGCAGUGUCCUGAGGCCGGCCCUGCGUCCACUCGGCGCCCGGAGUCCCCGCCGGCCUGCGCGGACGGCCGGCCCUGCUCCCCACGCCCCGGCAGUAAACAGUUAAGCGAAAGUCUGACUCUGCCUUCUUGAUUCAGCCCGGGCCGGCCUCGACAUCCCAGCCGCGGGACCGAGGCUCCAAGCCGGAAGUGCCCCCUGGACGGCAGCUCCAGCCCCGCCCCCUCCACCGCCCCUCCCCCGGUGACGCAAUUCCGGCGCGCCUGCUCAGGCGAU